AUGAUAUUAAUGGUUGUUCCAUGCUUCUGCACUGCCCAGGAUUAUGAAGUCGCUGAUGUUCAAUGUACAUUUUCCAACUCGGGCUCGAAAAGUGAGGAUCUGAUAACGGCCACGCUGAAGAGGCCAGCUGGAUUUAAGGGCGUGCCCAUGUUUGCGGAUGAUCGAAGUGGCCUCAAGGACUUGAAUCCGCAUUGUCUGAUCUCAAAGGAUAUUACCGAUAUGGACGAGCGAACAUAUCAAUUAAGAAUCAACGACUUUACGCAAUGUGGCGUGCUCAAAAGAAACGGCUUCGUUCACGUUCGCAUUUGGUUUCCACAAUUUCCUGGCGUUGUGAUGCAAUCGGACCAGGAGCUAAUCAUUAUGUGCAAGCCGCCAGAGCCAACAGUAAUAGAGAAUAAGGCGGCUGGCUUCGCGGGCUCGUUUCCACAUGGCGCACGUGUGUCGGGCAUAGUUGAGGAGAUGCCGAAUCGAUUGGAGUAUGAGGUCGCGCUGUAUAAGGAGGCGCCGCCCAUAGCACGUGUCAGCGGCACGAACAACCCAGUCAGCUCCUCGAAUGACCCGGCCUCUCUGCUGGCUGACAACGAUCAGGCCGUGGAUCAGGCCGUGCCCCUGGGCACCAAGCUGCAGCUGCGAGCACGCAUCAGCCAGUCGGUGUGGAAGUAUGUGAAGCUGAUGGAGGUGACUGUGUCGCCAGAUCCGGAGAAUCCACUUGCCACGGGCUCUGUUUCUCUGGUGCACAACGGUUGCCGCAAUCGGGAGCUGGCCACAAUUAUUCCCCAUCAGCCGGCCAAAUAUCGGGAUCGACCCAACGAGGUGUUUCUCGACUUUGAGGCCUUUUUGCUCAGCUCGAUGAAGGAGAAGGCCACUCUCUGGAUACACUCGCAGAUCAAGGCCUGCAUCGACAUGGCCGACUGCACGCCCGACUUCUGCGUGGAUCUCUACGAACCCUCGGGCCACGGCCGCAAGCGACGACAGAUUGAAUCGGCAACGGAAUCUACAGCAAAUACAACUACAGUGAACGGUCCCAUGAUGCAACGAGCUGGGAAUUCCACUGCUGCCUCGGAGUUCAAGCGCUUCAAAGAGAACAUCGAGUACACCGUUAUAAUGCCCGGGCAGGUGAACAAAAAGGUGGGCCUCCUAAUCGAUUUGACGUCGCAGUGUCGCGGCGCCCUGCUCAUUAGCUCGUUUUUUGUAUUCAUGAUUACGCUUUGCUGCUCGAUUAGCUGUUUGAUAGCAUUGCGCGUGCACAACGAGAAAAAACUAAGACAUCGCCAGUUCACCUCCGGGUUCAACACAGGUUAUGCAGGUCGAGCUACGGUUCAAUAAACGAAACGGGAAAUACUUCAGCAGCUAAAAAAGAAAUCAAAAUAA